CCCCGCGUCUCCUGUGUCCCCCACGGAGCCCAUGGCCAUGUCAGCCCCGGUGGCCAGAGUAGCCCGGCGGCGGGCGGCCGCCGAAGGUCUUGGCUCCCACCAGAAAGCCAUGAAGUACUUGGGCCAGGACUUUGAGAGCCUGAGGCGACAGUGCUUGGACUCAGGAGUCCUUUUUAAGGAUCCAGAGUUCCCUGCGUGCCCAUCUGCCUUGGGCUACAAGGAUCUGGGGCCACACUCCCCGCAAACCCAAGGUGUUGUCUGGAAACGGCCCACGGAAUUGUGUCCCAGCCCCCAGUUCAUUGUGGAUGGAGCCACGCGAACAGACAUCUGUCAGGGGAGUCUGGGAGCUCAUAGUCUAGUGAGGAAACAAACCCGGCGCAAAGCUGUCGGCUCCCGGCGGUCGGGCGGCCACAGCAGCGGCGCCUCCUCCAGCGGCGCUCGCCCUCACCCUUCCGCGCCCAAGAUCGCCAUCUCGCAGCAGGCCCGGCGGCGGCGGCGGCAGCAGCCACCCAGGCGUCGGCCCCGGCAGCCCAGGCCGCCUGCAGCCACUUGGAACCCGCUUGCCGCGCUCGGCGACACCCGACCCUCCCCCCAACCCCACCCCGGCCACGCGCCACCCCCAGCGGACCCCACACCUCCCUCCUCAGCAGCGCGCCGCGUGCUCCCGCUCUGUGCCACCCUCACAGCCCCCAUGAAUGCCCUCCACUUAGGCUUCAUCUUCAACCAAUUCUGGCAGUACGGCGAGUGGGUGGAAGUGGUCGUGGAUGACAGGCUGCCCACCAAGGAUGGGGAGCUGCUCUUCCUGCACUCAGAGACGGGCACCGAGUUCUGGGGAGCACUGCUGGAGAAGGCCUACGCCAAGCUCAACGGUUCCUAUGUGGCUCUCACUGGAGGGUCCACGGUGGAGGGGUUUGAGGAUCUCACUGGAGGCAUUUCUGAGUUUUAUGACCUAAAGAAGCCCCCAGCCCGCCUGUUCCAGAUCAUCCAGAAGGCCCUCUGCGCGGGGUCCCUGCUGGCCUGCUCCAUUGACGUCUCCAGUGCAGCUGAAGCAGGAGCGGAGGCCACCACCUGCCAGAAACUGGUGAAGAGUCACGCCUACUCCAUCACUGGGGUCCAAGAGGUGGAUUUCCGGGGUUGUCCCGAGAAGCUAAUCAGACUCCGGAACCCGUGGGGCGAAGUGGAGUGGACAGGGGCUUGGAGUGACGAUGCCCCAGAGUGGAAUGACAUAGACCCCAGGCAGAAGGCGGAGCUGGAUAAGAAAGCGGAGGAUGGCGAGUUCUGGAUGUCAUUUUUGGAUUUCCUGGAGCAGUUCUCCCGAAUGGAGAUCUGCAACUUCUCCCCACCCUCCCUGAGUAGCGAGGAGCUACACAAAUGGGACCUGGUCCUGUUCAAUGGCCUGAUGCGGGGCUCCACCCCUGGGGGCCACACCAACUUCCCAGCCACUUACUGGACCAAUCCCCAGUUCGGAAUCCAUCUGGCCUAAGUGGAUGACAGCCAGGAGGGGGGCGUCGGCGAGCCCCACUGCAUGGUGCUGCUGGGUCUGAUGCAGAAGAAUUGUCGGUGCCGGAAGAGGAUAAAACAGGGUACGCUCAGCAUCUGCUAUGCUGUCUACAAGGUCCCCAAAGAGGUAUCUUCAGAACCGUACGACGCACCCCUGGGCCAGAACUUCUUCCUGGGCUGCCAGCCCUCUGCGUGCUACAGCACCCAUGCCAGCCCGCGGGAGGUGUCUGGCCGGCUGCAGCUGCCCCCAGGGGAGUAGGACGGAGACUUCUGCCUGAAGGUGUUCUCACAGAAGGCCACGGCCCUGGAGAUGGGGGAUGUGGUGCCUGGAAAACCACAUGAGCUGCACCCCAGCAAGGUGCACCAGGAGGACGGCCAGCUUGGGAGCCUUCUGGGGAAGAUUGAUGGGGAUGGGGAUGGGGACAGGGACUGGGGUAAGGGUGGGGACAGGGACAUGGGUAAGCACGGGCUGCUGGAGGCUUCCCACUGGUGGAAGGAGGGCCGGGACUGGGUUGAGAUGCAGGAUGUGGAGAAGGAGGCAGCUCGAGCCCUGGAGAGUCGUCAGGCUGGGGCUGAGCACAGUGUGGGCCCUGGCCCGCUGGUCUCUGCUCUCUGCUCCAGCCCUGGCUUCUGCUGA